CGCAUCAGAAAGUCGCCGAGGCCAAGGGAACUCCGAGAUAAAUGAACUGAAGGAUUUUUCAGUUCAUUUCACAUCGGUCCAGCGGACUAGACGGAGAUCAUGUUUAGUGGUGCUAACAUGAGUGGAUCCAAAAGCCAGGAUCAUAUCAAAAGACCCAUGAACGCGUUCAUGGUUUGGUCACGAGGUCAGCGCAGAAAGAUGGCACAAGACAAUCCCAAGAUGCAUAACUCGGAAAUCUCCAAGCGAUUGGGUGCGGAAUGGAAGGUCUUGAGUGAGCUCGAGAAACGGCCUUUCAUUGAUGAGGCCAAGCGCUUGAGAGCUCUGCACAUGAAGGAACACCCGGACUACAAAUACCGACCUCGAAGAAAGCCAAAGCCCUUGAUCAAAAAAGAGGCUGGGAAAUUCAAUCUGCCACUCCAUUUUUUUCCGCCCGGAUUUGAUCCCGCGUCCGCAGUUUUUGCUCGAUCCUUGUUUUCCCCUUUCUCAGGGUUGCCUUCUUAUGAGGCCAUGAUUAAACACUUGCAAACAACGACCUCAGAUUGGGACAACUCUGGCAUGUUCCAACCCUUUUCCUCAAAUGUACCCAGUGGAAGAAAUCUCAUGCACACAAAUGGUUUGCCAUCUCACUCAGAUUUGUCAGCAUUCAUGCAAAUGCAUCAAGAAAGCCUGGCGGACAACCAAAGUGUGGGCGAUUCCGACGAAUCCAACACCAACGACGACUCAAUUCCAUCACUUGAAAAAGAUCAAACCGUGGUAAAGGUCACUCCUCAUUCAGUGGACUCUUUGGUACAUCAUCCAUUGACCCGGACGUAUCUUCCAACAUCUUCAACCACAGUGUUGGCUCAUGCCAAAAGUGCUUCUUUCCAUCGAGAUUCACCCUCACAUCCUGAUUCGACUACUAGUCCACCCCCUUCAAUUUCUAAAGCCUCUCCGGGAUCGUCAUCGCCCACGGCUGUUGGGCCCGCAUCGCAAGGCCGCAGUCUUUCGUCCCCGAGUCCAGAGAAAACUAGUACCAAUCAGCCCUUGCCUUUACUUGAUCUCUCAACUUUAUACACGAACUGCUACAUGAAUCCCGGUCUCAUUUCGACCUACAUCGCAGCGGGUCUGCUCCCUGCGGUCCCACCUUAUGCGAUGGGACCGCACAUGGGGCACAUGCCGUCAAUGAGUGGGAGUCUCCUGAAUUCUGGAAGCCUCAAUCUCGGUCACGUUCGAAGGCCAAUCGCUCAGUUACCCGAUCCUGCGGCCAAUACCACGAAUUGCCUCAUUCCCAAUGUCAUUCCAACAUCUUCGCCCUGACCAGACCAUAGACCCUAAUUUAUCAUUACUGUUGAGUUUUUGUUUGACCUAGUUAUUGAACCACCGGUUAGAAAUAAAAGCAAGAUUGACAAUG